AUGACACAGUCGACGUCUGACCCAAUCUGGCCGCCAGCGCCUCCCCCCAAGACCGCGCUCGGUCGCUACAGGCAGCUGGCCCCUGUUGCAGGUGUCCACGUCUCUCCAUUGAUCCUGGGGGCAAUGAGCAUCGGCGACAAAUGGGACAGGAUUGGCCUGGGCAGUAUGACCAAGGAACAGAGCUUCAAGCUCCUUGACGCUUACUUCGACAACGGAGGAAACUUCAUUGACACUGCGAAUGCCUACCAAGACGAGACUUCGGAGAUGUUCAUCGGCGAGUGGGCUGAAAAGCGUGGCAUCCGUGACCAACUUUUCAUCGCUACCAAGUAUACAACGGGUUUCAAACAAACCGACGAUAAUAUCGCCCAGAAGAUUCAUUAUGUUGGGAACAACGUUAAAUCUAUGCACCUCUCCGUGAAGGCCUCCCUUAAGAAACUCCGAACGGACUAUAUCGACUUGCUGUAUGUUCACUGGUGGGAUUGGGAGACUAGCAUCGAAGAAGUGAUGCGAGGCCUCCAUCACUUGGUCGCCCAAGGCAAAGUGCUUUAUCUUGGCGUCUCGGAUACCCCUGCCUGGGUGGUCACCAAAGCAAACCAAUUUGCUAGGGACCAUGGUCUGACACCCUUCGUCGUCUACCAAGGCGCUUGGAACGUGAUGGAACGUUCUUUCGAGCGCGAGAUUAUUCCUAUGGCGAGAUCGGAAGGGAUGGCACUCGCACCCUGGAAUGUGCUGGCUGGCGGGAAAUUGAGAACUGACGCUGAGGAGGAACGUCGCCGUCAGACUGGGGAAAACGGACGAACAGCCUGGGGGCCUUGGGAACGCAAUGAAAAGGAAAAGGCAAUGUCGAGGGCGUUGGAGAAAGUGGCAAACGAGAUCGGUGCCAAGAGUAUUACUUCGGUUGCAAUCGCAUACGUUAUGCAGAAAACGACGCAUGUCUUCCCCAUCAUUGGUGGUCGCAAAGUCGAGCACCUCGAGUCGAACAUCGAAGCUCUCAGCAUCAGGCUCACCCCUGAACACAUCAAAUACAUCGAAAGCGUUACGCCUUUUGACCCUGGCUUCCCAGGGUGGAUGAUCGGCUUUGGAGAGGGAAUUUUGCACUUCAUCUCGAGUAUGGGUGCCGUCGAUAAGCAGCCUUUCGCUCCGCCGAUCCAACCGCCAGUGCAAGCAUAG